CUGCACCAUGCCUCGGAGCUGGCGCAAAAUUCCAAGAAACCGCUUAUCUGCAUCUAUCUCAACUGCCCAGCCGAAGAAUCCUGGCAUGGCACCAGCCCCGCUCGUGUCAACUUUAUGCUCGAAGCUCUCGCGGGAAUGCAAAGGGAAUUAAAGGAAUUGAAUAUCCCACUCGUCUUUCUCCACGCGGACAAACCCGACCAGAUCGCUUCUACAGUAACUAAGUUUCUGAAAGACAACUCGGUAUCUCACGUCUUCGCAAAUUACGAAUACGAGAUCGAUGAGCUCCGCCGAGAUAUUGAGUUUGUAAAAGAAGGUGGCUCCGACUUCCGGGUGUCCCUACACCACGACCAAACCGUGAUCGAGCCCGGUACAUUGACCACCGGCUCCGGCAGACCUAUGAAGGUGUUUUCGCACUACCAUCGCAUGUGGCUCGAUGUCGUGAAGGGAGAUCCUGACCUGCUAAAAACCGUAUCACGACCCACGAAGAACAGCUCAUCGGCGUCGAAAGAACUCAAGGGGUUGUUCGAUUCACUGGUUCCAAGGCCCGCAAAAGACAAACUAUUCCCCUCAGAAGAAGACAAAAACAGAGUCCAGAAGCUUUGGCCAGUAGGACACGAUGCAGGGAUGAAGCGCAUGGAUUCCUUCCUCAAACAUAUCGACAAUUACGCCGCUACUCGGUCUAAUCCCGCCAAGGAUUCCACUUCGCGUAUGAGCGCAUACUUUUCAGCGGGAAUGGUAUCGGUGCGAGAAACCUUGUCCAAAGUCCAGGAAUACAACGAUGGAAGUAAUGAUUUUAGCGAAGCUGGAUCAAGUCCUGGAGUCUAUAGUUGGGUCCGUGAAGUGGUGUUCCGGGAACUAUACUGCCAAACAACGCUCACUACUCUGCAUACUGCGAUGAAUCUACCACAAAACCUCAAAUUCGACUUCGUGCAAUGGGAAGAGGAUGAAGAAGGCUGGAAGAAGUGGUGUGAGGGAAGGACAGGUGAGCCUUUCAUCGACGCAGGAAUGAGGCAGUUGAAUACCGAGGCUUACAUGCAUAAUCGACUUCGCAUGAAUGUUUCAUCGUAUUUGUUUUGCAAUUUGCUCAUCGAUUAUCGUCGUGGAGAGCGUUAUUUUGCGGAGACGUUGAUCGAUUGGGAUUUUUCAAAUAACACGCAGGGGUGGGAGCCGAACUACACUGUCUUCAAUCCUGUAUCACAAGCGGAGAAGAAUGACCCUGAUGGGGAUUAUAUCCGAAAAUGGGUGCCCGAGCUGAAAGACGUCAAAGGAAAAGCAAUCUUCGCACCCUAUGACCGGCUGCCCAAGGAAGAAUUUGAGAAAUUGGGAUAUCUAAAACCACAUGUCAACUGGAAAGAGACGAAGCAGAGGGCUGUGGAGAGAUUCAAGAGAGAUAUACGGAAUACCUCUCCUUGA